AUGUAUAACUUAAGUUGCUACAACCCUCCUACAUUCACCCUUGUUGGAAUUCCUGGCCUGGAGAAGUUCCACAUCUGGAUUGGGAUCCCUUUCUGUGUCAUCUAUGUCGUGGCUAUUGUGGGCAAUUGUAUUCUCCUCUAUCUCAUUACAGUUGAACACAGUCUCCACGAGCCCAUGUUUUUCUUUCUCUCUAUGCUGGCUGCCACAGACCUCAUUCUGUCUACUGCCACCAUCCCCAAACUACUCAGCAACCUCUGGUUUGCCUUCCAUGAAAUAACCUUCUCUGGUUGUCUCACCCAGAUGUUCUUCCUCCACUUCAGCUCUAUAAUGGAAUCAGCCAUCCUGUUGGCCAUGGCUUUUGAUCGCUAUGUGGCCAUCUGCUUUCCCUUGAGAUACACCACCAUCCUGACUCCACAGGUCAUCAUCAAGAUUGUCGUGAGCAUCAUUGUGAGGAGCUUCGCUGUCAUCUUGCCAGAUGUCUUUCUCCUGAAACGCUUACCCUUCUGUGGGACACGCAUCAUCCCCCACACAUACUGUGAGCAUAUAGGGGUGGCUCAGCUUUCCACUGCUGACAUCUCCAUCAACAUCUGGUAUGGAUUUUCUGUGCCCGUUAUGACAGUUGUCGUAGAUAUUAUCUUUAUUGCUGUUUCCUACACCUUCAUUCUCCGUGCAGUCUUUCACCUCUCAUCCCAGGGUGCCCGUCAAAAGGCUCUCAGCACCUGUGGCUCCCAUGUCUGUGUUAUCCUAAUGUUUUACACACCUGCCUUAUUUUCCAUUCUUGCUCAUCGUUUUGGGCACAGUGUUCCUCGUAAUGUACUCAUCCUAUUUGCAAAUCUCUAUGUGGUGAUACCUCCUGCACUAAAUCCUAUUGUUUAUGGAGUGAAAACGAAGCAAAUUCAGGAAAAGUUUAUUUUCCUCUUCACCUUGAAGAAGACAUAG